GGAUCCGACGAUUGAGGAUUGUUGCGGGAGAUUGUUAUCUUCAGCUCUGUAAGACGGGAUGAUGUGGAGGAGAUGGUGUUCUAGUGCUUGUUUAUUGAGUCGGAGAUUGCUGGUGAAUGGAGUUCGCAGGCCUUCUUCUCCGGUAUCUUCUUAUGGAGAUUUCGGACUUGGAGGAGUUUCUUUGAUUCCAUCGACGGCGGUACGGUCGUCGGCCUGGUUUUGUAACGGAGUGGUUUCGUUUUCGUCAUCUGUGGAUUCGGAAAAAUCUGCAGGAGUUGGUAGCGAUGGGGGAAAACGUGCGAGCGGUGGUCCUGGGCUUGGGCUUGGGCUUGGCUCUGUGAAUGAAGAAUCUGGUAAUGAAAUUAGUGGAGAGACGAUAUCGUUUGCGGAAGCCAAAAGGCUGAUGAGAUUGGUAAAUGUUGAGGCGCUGAAGAUGAAAUUGGGGACUGAUGGGAAGGAGGCCAUUGGAUACUCGGAGCUUAUCGAAGCUUGCAAAAGCAUGGGCAUCGCUAGGUCUCAGGACGAAGCUGCUGCGUUUGCUCGAGUCCUCGAUGAGGCUGGUGUGGUUCUUCUGUUUCGCGAUAAGGUCUAUCUUCAUCCUGACAAGGUGGUGGAUCUCGUGAGACGAGCAAUUCCCAUUGCUUUGAUGCCCGAAGACGACCCGACAAGGAGCGAGCUAAAGCAGCUACAAGAAAAGAAGGAAGAAAUUGACAUAUUGGCACAUAAGCAGGUACGACGAAUACUGUGGACUGGUCUAGGCUUAGCCAUCCUGCAAGUUGGGCUGUUCUUCAGGCUGACAUUCUGGGAAUUUUCAUGGGAUGUAAUGGAACCAAUAGCAUUUUUCACCACAACAACUGGAUUAGUCAUAGGCUAUGCUUAUUUCCUGAUCACUUCAAGAGAUCCCACUUACCAAGACCUGUUGAAGAGGCUUUUCCUCUCAAGGCAAAGGAAGCUGUUCAAGAAGCAUUCUUUUGAUGUUUGCAGAUUCAAGGAGUUGCAGAAAAAAUGUAAGACGCCUCUCGACGCCACCGCGAAUAUUAAGAACCGGGUGGGCGUAGAUCUGGACCUUGAGGAUUGUUUGAGUAGAGAUUAACACUAUUGUAACCCUUCCUUUAUUAGACAGGUAAGGGGGUUAACUUGCUUUCAUUCAAUUUUUGAAGUUUAGAGUUAUAAAGUAGUAAAGAAUACUUCUUUGUUCUUGCCUUGUUCAGUCAAAUAUGGAAUGGAAUGCUCUGAAAUAAUCAUGGCGUUUUCAAAUCU